GUCGGGUUAAGGAUCUGAGCUGGGAUCCCCUCGGUACCAAUCCCACCAGCGCCUCUGGGACAUUCCCGGAGCCAUCCCUCAUCCCAAAGCGUUCUGGUCGCUGAGGGUUUUUUCCUGUUAAACUCCAGGUUUUGGUCAACCCCAUCCCGGAGAGAAGAAACCAUUGUGUGUUGUUUCUGUGGUUCUUGGUUUCAUGCUGUGACACCAAGAGAGGUUCUGAGUUUGGUUGCAGAGUCUCUGGUUUGGGGAAUUUGUCCAGAACAAAGAAGUUUGGGCAUAGUGAGUACGGAGCAUGGAGUAUUUUCCUCUGAUUUCAGCACUCAUGGCCUGUUGAACCUUCAGAAGUGGGAUGUUCUUGUAUCAUACAAGAAUUAUAACCUACAGCUGCAGAUAGAUUAUUUAUAUUUAACAAAAAAGGAGAAAGCUACGCUUCCGUUCUGGUUGAAUUGUUUAAUUCUCUGUGAGUUUUUCCUCUGGCUCUGUCAGGAAACACAUAAGUCCAGAGAUUCAGGUGUCACCAAGCCUGGCUCCUGCUGGUAAAUAGAAAUUGAUGUUUCUUGUCUGAUCUUGCUCCAUUAACAACUAUCCAGACAUGGUAUCUAAACCCCAUAUUUCCAGGAAAAGUGAAUAGAAAGUUAAACCAAAAGGUCUUUUACUCUUGAUCCUUAAAAGACUAAACCUUCUCUGUCCUUCCUCGUGUUCCCUGAUAAAGUCUGGAUUUUUUGUCUUCCAGGUGACUGUUUUCCUAUUUACCUCCACGUUCUUUAAAUUAGGAACAGGACUCUAGUGAUGUGUCACCUUAAACUAUUCACUCUGGAAGUUCUUAGCACCUUUAAUUUAUUAAAAUAGACUUUAGGAAUCUGAUUCAUCCUUAGUUCACACUCCCAUUGCUCUGUCACUGCCUUUUUACGCUCAGUUACUGAGGAGUCUCAUUCCUUGGCUCUCAAGUGCCUUCAAUAAUUACCUGCAGAGGGUUGUUGUCUUUAAUGGUGUGAAAAUGACAGGUUUGGGGUGUUUUUUGGUCAAGUGUUGGAAAACACAAGGCUUUGCAUUGUGUCCGGACACAAAGGAGCUUCAUCCAUUUAUGGAUUGAACUCGCACUAAUGUCAGCAGCUAAUUUGUUACAUCAUUGUAACUUCAGUGAGGGAAGCUUGACCUCUUGCCCUAUUGAUGCAACACAGCACCGUUUUCAAAUCUGUAAAUGAAAUGAUGGUUUUUGUAUGGAAAUGCUCCUUUCUCUUUCCCCAGUUUCCUUGUCUCAGCACUGGAAAUGGGGCAGCUGAAAUCCCUUUAAGGAGCUGAGGAUUCCAGGGAGUUUGCACAAAUUCCAACUACUAAUAUGCAAAUAAAAUGAACCAGCAGGACACUUGUUGGCAACCUCCAGCAAAUGUUCCAGGCCUGUGCCAGUAUUUAUUCCUAUUUUUAUGGAAACUGAACAGAGAGUGCCUAAGCCUUCAGGAAGAGAGUCCUGGCUGUGGCUGAGCAGAGCUGCUCCCAGUCCACAUCGGGAUUUCAACACUCCUCAGAGGUUCAGAUCCACAUCCUGUCUCCUGCAGAUCCAUCUUUAGCUUUUGGGAGGUUCUCCCAAACAAAGCCACCUCACCAGUGGCUUUUCACAGCCCCACCACUUUGUUUUGGUCCUUGCUGCUUACCUGACCUGGCUCUGAGGGAGCCUCCCAAGGGUUUUCCUUGGAGCUGCAUGUGGUGAGUCAUCCCACAGAAUUCACAGGCAGUUUCACAAAUACCAGAUGGCAAUAAAAUUAAAAGUAGUAGCUAGUGGCAAUUAAGCACUUGCACUCUCCUUCCUGACUGGAGGAACCUGCCAAAUGUCAUGACAGGAAAAAAAAAAAAGACAACUAUGUUUCUGUAGAGUGGAAAAUUAACAGAGCACGGGACACACGCUUCCCUCGCCCUUAAUCCCAUUUGGACUGGAGUGGAAAGCUAUUGGCUGGACUUCUACAUGUCCAGGAGAAGAUGAAACAGAAAGAACACAAUGUAAAGGAAAAACUGGGGCAUUUCAUGGGGAAAUCAAAGAUGUAUUUCAGCAGUGCCCAUGUUAAACCCCCAAAUAGGAUGUUUGGAGGAUGUCCAGAUCUUUAAACCAGGCUAUAUUCGGGCAGGCUAAGGAGUUACUGGGAUUCCAUUGGGAUUUCUUGUUGUUAUACUACAAGGGUUUGCACCACGAGCUUGGAAAUAGUUGGAGCUCAUUAAAGUCGGAAGCAUGUCCAAAUACCAUUGUGUUUGGCUCAGCAUAAACAAGGGCUGUUCCCUUCCUCUGGUGACUCCUGCUGCUCGGCAUCUCCGGGAUCCACCAGCCACACACAAACGCUCACUGGCUGUUUCAUGCCCAAACACUCACCUCGGCCCUUCCUUCCCAUGUAUUACACAUGGACCAUGGCUCAUCCAUUCUGUUCCUUGCCUGUCACGUGCCAGGGGACCUUGCCAACAUUUUUGAGAGAUAAAUCCCUUAAUUUAUGCAUCCCAGGCAGGAAGGGUUAUUCCUCAUGAUUCAUAUCACAACAAGAAGUGUGAACCCACUUCUUCCUAACAGAACACUCCAUUUGCUUCAUUCUUCUUUAUCAUGACGGAAAAUUGGUGACUUAUUUAUAGUGAAUCAUAUUAAAGUGAUCUUACCGUUCCGAGCUUUCACACGAGGCUUUCAGAAAUCUGAAGAUGUUUCCUUGCUGCCUUUAGGACAGAGGAGGGAAGGAUGAGGCCAAAACCAGUUCCAUGUCAUCUGUGUCCCAAGUUGUGGCAUUUCCAGCCCUGUCCUGGCCAGGAAAGGAUCUAGAGGCUGAGGAUGCAUCACAGCACUGAGAAGCCUGGAAGGGCUGCGGGGUGUCAGAGCUAAAGGAAAACAAGGGUAGAUACAGGGCUCUAAAUCAAAUUUCCCUAUGGAAAAUCUUCUAAAUCCUACUCUGGCUAUGUAGAGAGUUGUCAUACAGAUUCCCACGGUCGGGAACUGGUUUGUUUGUGAUCUCGUCUUGCUUUGUUACUCCUUACUCACGGCUGUGCCUCCUGUGCUGGCAGCCCAGCAGGUUCUCCUGGAACAGGUCAUGCCUCUGGCACAGAUCUGGGGCACCCUGUGCUUGGAGAAAGGGACCAUAUGUCUGUCAGACAGCCCAAAAAGGUUUUUCUUUAAGGGAAUACCAGUGAUGCAAAGAACUCUAGUGCUUGUCAGUGCACAGGUAAAACACUGAGACAUGCAAACACCACCUGACUUCUGGAUCACUCCUGGUUUCUGUGCAGGAACUGCUCUGAAACUUGUUUGUUGUGAAGUUCAGAUCCUCAGGAUGGAAGGCUGAUCUCAUUGGAGCCACAGUAGGUUGCUGCUCAACCCAACACUGUGUUCUCCAUCUGCUCAUGGUCCUGCAAAUACCCAUCUGGGAAUCCUGGGCUCUUGCUUACUGCUGCUGAGAAGGAACUUGAGCUCUGGCGGUUCCCUGGAGCAGCGCAGGAUGGAUCCCGUGGUUCUCAGCUACGUGGACAGCCUGCUGAGGCAGUCAGACGUGGCCCUGCUGGAGCCCCCAAACUGGCUCAACGACUGCAUCAUCGGCUUCGCCUUCGAGUACUUCGCCAACCAGCAGUUCCAGGAGUUCAGCCACCGAGUUUGUUUCAUCAGCCCCGAGGUGGCUCAGUUCAUCAAGUGUGCCCUUAGUCAGGAAGAAAUAGCCAUAUUCCUCCAGCCGCUGGACCUUCUCCGCAAGGAGCUGCUGUUCCUGCCUAUCAAUGACAACUCCAGCCAGGCUGCUGGGGGCACCCACUGGAGCUUGCUGGUUUAUUUCAGGGACAAGAAGUGCUUCGCCCAUUACGAUUCCCACAGUAAAUGCAACUCUGUCCAUGCCAAGCAAGUGGCAGGGAAACUGGAGGCCUUUCUGGGAAAAAAAGGGGGCAAAGCCACCUUUGUGGAGGAGAAGGCGCCGGCACAGCAAAACAGCUACGACUGUGGAAUGUAUGUGAUCUGCAAUGCUGAGGCUCUGUGCCACGGGUACUUCCAGGGCCGGAUGGAGCCUCUGCUGCAGCUCCUCACCCCCUCCUACAUCACACAGAAAAGGUCAGAGUGGAAAGCUCUCAUCACGAAACUGGCACAGAAGUGAUGUGGAUGCACCUCUAGCCCCCCAAAAACUGCCUUCCCAGUCCAAGAGGCAGCACCCCCAGUGCCUGAGGGAGAUGCCCAUGCACAGGAUUGUCCCAAAGAAAAAGAAUGUAACCCCUCUAGCAUGGCUACACCCCCCAAACACCCCAUUCCCUCCAGGAAAAGCCUUAUUCUCCUCUCGAAAUCACCGGCCUUUCAACUUCUAAUAACAAGAGUCACUUUGCUUUCAAAGAAACCCUCUCCAUGAUAAAUUUUUACAGUAAUCGCUGUGGCAAAACAGGUUGCUAAAGAGACUUCUCCACCUGUGCCCAGCACACCCUCAUUAAGUGGCUUUAGCUGGCUCCAGGCAUUGUCCUUGCAAGCCAGGUUUAGCAAAUGCUCUUUAAACCUGAGCCCCGGGUGCUUUAUUGUGGAUAGUUCUAGUUUGUGCCUCCUGCUAAUGGUAUUGCAGCAAUGUGGGAUUUAGUAGCCAGGAUUUUGUACCCUUGAAAACCUGACAUUGAGAUAUCACUGCAAAAAGAUGAGACUGCAAAGGAAAUGCUACAAUUAAUUUAAGAACAGGGCAAAAUCAAAGUCAGUUUUCAUAAGCCAGGUGCUCCUCGGCCACACAGCGAUGACUCUUUUUGGUCUCCCACCCCUGCUUGUUCUUACUGCAAAUUAAAACCCGACUCUGAACUGAUGAAGAUUAAUGGGAAGCUGAGAAAGCCAAUCCUAGGAAAAGAAACUUAAUUGAGAUGAAAAGCAACACUCAGUCUUUGAAGUUUGGGGCUUUUCAUUAGGAUUUUAGGUCGUCUCUGUGCGGGUAGGGUUUGUCAGUGCUCCCCAGCCCUUGUUAGCGGUCGCUGCUCAUAACACAAAACCAGUUCUGUUACUUGAGAGAUAAAAAAAACAACACACCAGGGAGAACAAAAGGACAGAGUUUGAGGUAUAAAAGCCAAAGAUAACUGCAGGCUUCUUGAAGUACUUAAUGCACUUCAGAAAACUGAAACACUUCUCUUCCUGUGCUGGAUGAUGGCUGGGAUCCCAGAGUGGAUCCUCUCCUUAAAGACAGGCUUAGCAGUAUGGAAAAUAAAAAUUAAACUGAGAUGUUGUUGCAGGAUAAGGAAUAAUCUCUCACCUGGUGAGAAGCAAAGAGCAGGUUGUUCAGGUGGUGUCUAGCAGAGCAACCACACCCCUACCUGAGAAGGGAAAUCCGGGUUAAAUACAACCCUUGAGGAAGGAUUGUUGUUAACCUGGAGCUCUUCACCACCAGUGUGUGCAGCAGCACAGUACUGAGGGGAUGGAGGGUUUCACCUUCCCUUGCUUCAAGUGAAUGUCAAGGAAUCAGCCCAGGCUGCCCCAAAACACCCUCAUGGCAGCACUGGGGCCUGACAAGGGUUGGGCCAUUCCCCUCCCUGCUAACACUGCCUGGAUAGGAGAGCAGCCUCCAGCACCAGCCCUCCUUGGAAAACCCACUCCGCUGGAGCCAGAAUGGGAUCCAGCUGCUUGCUGAAGGGGAUUCCCUUUGGACUCAGAGGGGCUUUGCCAGAGCAACAUCACUGCCACUCCCAAAUCCCAAAUAAAACUCAGACCAAA